AAGAAGGUCUUCCGCGGCGCAGCUGCGGGCUGCUCUACGACGGCUCCGGAGCGCUAAGGUGGCUGCGCCCGGCUGUGACAUUGCGCCCUGGCUGCGACCGAGGAGUCCUUAAUCUGUAUUCCCCUGGACGAGGCGUAACUCAGUCGUUGUUGCCGUAGCCGUCGGGCUCAGUGGGCCUUGCACUAAAGACCCCCCGGGUUCACAUCCCCUUGGAGCCAUGCACGGGCCGAUCGAAAACCGCCAGCUCCCGCGGAAACCGGAUCUGGGACUUACGCUCCCUCGUUCCUGUUUUCACCCCCAGCGGGGAGCUCGGUGGGCAGUCCAGGGCUCUUAUGGUUACGGAUGGGGUUCAAGAAGUUGGGGGAGCGGCAGGUGCUUGGAUUCGGAUUCAUGAAGUGGCACCCCAAACUCAGAAUGGGUUCUGCUACCCCGAUGCUGGUUGGGACCCCUUGCUAGUUCCUCCCGUCGGAAACCCACUAUUCAGGGUGAUUAUGAGUCACAAAGCAUGAGGGGCUGGCGGGGGGGAGACCCGCGGGGCGGGGUCCGGACGGCUCCCACCCCCGAAGCAGAGUGACGCCCUUGGUCACUUCACAAGGCAGAAAUUGUUACCGAGGCAAUAAAAGGCAUCGCGGCGGCGGGGGCCUGGGAGUGGGCACAUGGGGGUGCGGGUGUGCAGGUGCCAAGCGCCAUGGGUUAGGCCCGAUAUCGGGGUCCGGCCGCACCCAGACAGCAGCCGCCUCCUGCACCCCGCGCGCCCCUGGCGCCACCAUGUCGAGCGACAAACUCCUGAGCGAACUCGGCUAUAAGCUGGGCCGCACGAUUGGAGAGGGCAGCUAUUCCAAGGUGAAGGUGGCCACGUCCAAGAAGUACAAGGGGACGGUGGCUAUCAAGGUGGUGGAUCGACGGCGGGCUCCUCCGGACUUCGUCAACAAGUUCCUGCCGCGAGAGCUGUCUAUCCUGCGGGGCGUGCGACACCCCCACAUCGUGCACGUCUUCGAGUUCAUCGAGGUGUGCAAUGGGAAGCUGUACAUCGUGAUGGAAGCAGCGGCCACUGACCUGCUGCAGGCCGUGCAGCGCAACGGGCGCAUUCCCGGGUCGCAGGCGCGCGACCUCUUUGGGCAGAUCGCCGGCGCCGUGCGCUACCUGCACGACCACCAUCUGGUGCACCGCGACCUCAAGUGCGAAAACGUGCUGCUGAGCCCCGACGAGCGCCGCGUCAAGCUCACCGACUUCGGCUUUGGUCGCCAGGCGCACGGCUACCCGGACCUGAGCACCACCUACUGCGGGUCAGCAGCCUAUGCGUCCCCCGUUUCAGCAGCCGAUGCGUCCCCCGAAGUGCUCCUGGGCAUCCCCUAUGACCCCAAGAAGUACGACGUGUGGAGCCUGGGCGUCGUGCUCUACGUCAUGGUCACCGGGUGCAUGCCCUUCGACGACUCGGACAUCGCGGGAUUGCCCCGGCGUCAGAAGCGCGGCGUGCUCUACCCCGAUGGCCUCGAACUCUCCGAACGCUGCAAAGCCCUGAUCUCGGAGCUGCUGCAGUUCAGCCCUUCGGCUAGGCCCUCGGCUGGCCAGGUAGCGCGCAAUGGCUGGCUGCGCUCGGGGGACUCCGGUUAGAAGCCGGGGUUCCCGCCACUCGCGUCUCCCGGGGGCACUGAGCCAGCGCGGCGCACGCGCAAAAGGCAAGCUUCCCGGGAUCCGAGAAGCCGCCGCGCGCCACUGCGCACGCGGUCUACCCGGUCCCCUCUCCUCCCCCUUCCUCCUCCACAUCGGGGCCACCUUUGCCCCAGUUUGGAAGCUCCCUUCCCUUCCAUGGUCCCGAAAGCAGGAGGACGCAUGCGCCUCCUCGAUCCUCCUAUUCCCACCUCGGAGAAAGUGGGAUGCGAGGAAACGGAAGCAUUGCGCCUGCGCGGAAUGAGCGACGGCCACGCGGCGGCUGGUGGCUGCCUGGAGGAG